GAGAUCCGGUACUUCCAGAUGAUGCUGCUUUCAGAUAAGAUAAAUAGGGCAUGCUGGCUACAUGAUAGAUGCUAUGAGAAACAGAAAGGAAAAUCUUAUUGUGAUAAGGUAUUUUGUGAAAAGCUAGAUUAUCUGGAAGCGAAAUACCUCCCAAGGAUCAAUUUUUGCCCCAUCAAGUCCACGUGCACAGCCGUUACAUACUUUGGUGACAAGGCUUAUGAAGCUUGUCAAAAAGAUUGACUGUUUUGAUAAAGCUAUGAAGCUGGAAUUAAAGCGUUC